AUGAGCCAUUGGUCCAACUGGAACUGGACAAGCCCACAGGAGUUCAUCAUCCUGGGUUUCUCGGGGUGGUCCCCAGGGCUCCGGGUACUCCUGUUCGCCCUGCUCCUGCCUCUGUAUCUGGCCACCCUCGCAGGAAACAUGCUUAUCUUGGGCCUGGCUAUUGUGGAUCCCGCCCUGCACACCCCCAUGUACUUCUUCCUGGGCUCGCUGUCUGCUGUUGAGGUGGCCUACACCCUGGUGCUGACCCCGCGCAUGCUGGCCGGUUUCCUUCUGCCUCCUGGGGGUCAGGCUGUGGCUGUCUCCACCUGUGCUGCCCAGAUGGGCCUCUUUGUGGCUCUGGGGGGCUCUGAGUGCCUGCUGCUGGCUUCCAUGGCUCUGGAUCGCUACCUGGCCAUCUGCCGGCCUCUCUACUACCCUCAGCUCAUGACCUCAGGGCUCUGCUGGUGCUUGCUGGCCUCCUGCUGUGUUGGGGGUUCGUUACUAGCCUUAGGCCUCACCACUGCCAUAUUCCAGCUGCCCUUCUGCCACGGCGGUCUGGUCAACCACGUCUUCUGCGACCUCCCGGCAGUGCUGGUGCUGGCUUGUGGGAACCGGGAGCUGCAGGAGCAUGUGCUCCUGGCCGCAUGCCUGCUGCUACUGGUACUGCCCCUGGCCCUGAUCCUGCUCUCCUACACCAGGGUGCUGGUGGUCAUCCUGAGCGUAGGUGGGGCUGCGGGACGCCGGAAGGCCUUCAACACCGUCGCGUCCCAUCUCACGGUAGCUGUGCUCCACUACGGCUGUGCCACGGCCAUGUACGCCAGACCCCUCGGCAGCCGCUCGGUGGAGGAUGAUAAGCUCGUUUCGCUCAUCUACAUCAACCUCACGCCUUUGCUCUACCCCGCCAUCUAUACGCUGAGGAACCGCGACAUGCAAGGUGCCCUGCAGCGCGUGGUCUGCCAGAGGACACCAGUCACCAUCCACCAAGCCGAUCUUAGCUGA